ACAAAGCCCGUGUUGGUGAGCAUGCGUGCCCGUCCGAGUCCUCUCCGCUCCGGGAGCCUCUCCACAGCCUCCUGACACAGCUUCUCCACUCGGACAUCCCCUGGUCGCUUGGAGCCCCCUCACCAUGAGGACGGCAGGUCGGUGAUUCGGUGCACGCCUGCACGGAUUGGAGACCCCCCUCCCCCUUAUUUUUUUUUUUUGGAUCGGACUUUUUGUUGGCUACACAGAGGAUUUAUCUGUGGGCUUCCUUUGUGUCAAAGGGCUUAACGCAGAGUGCAGCAGAGCGGGGGUUUUGCUUCACCCGCUGUUGCGCCCAGCUGCUCUCUUUGUGGCCGGGCCGUGAUGGCAGCCGGCCGGCCGGAGGCGCAGGACCACCCGCCAGAGAACGGCUUCACCCCGCUGGAGCACCCGGUGCCCCGGCUGCUGCCUCACAUCGACGGCUCGGUUCUGCCGUCUCUGGGGGGCUUUGGGAAGCAUCAGAAGCAGCUCGUGGUUCUGACCUGGAUACCGGCAUUGUUCAUCGGCUUUAGCCAGUUUUCGGAUUAUUUCCUCCUGGCGCAGCCAAAUGGCACGUGUGUGCAGCCCCUCACGAACGAGAGUAACUGGACCGCGGCGCCCCCGCCGGUCACCGGGCUCCAGCUCAGAGGAAACGGCACCUGGGAGGGAGACGGCGGCGGUGACGGCGGUCUGCUGUGCGCCUGCAAGGAGUGGAGGCUCGAGCUGCAGACGGGACUUAGUCAAAAUGUGGUUACCAAGUGGAACUUGGUGUGUGAUUCAGCCUGGAAGGUGCACAUUGCCAAGUUCUCCUUGCUGGUGGGCUCCAUAUUUGGCUACCUAGUGAUGGGUGUCAUGGCUGACUGGUUUGGUCGACACCCGGUGUUGAUUCUCUCGGUGCUUUUCAUGCUGGUGUUUGGUCUGAGUGUUGCCUUCUCUGUAAACGUCACCAUGUUCAGCACCUUGCGCUUCUUUGAGGGUUUCUGCUUGGCGGGCCUCGCUCUCUCCCUCUACGUGCUCAGGAUCGAGCUUUGUUUGCCAGCCUGGCGCUUCUCCAUGACCAUGGUGGCCAGUUUUCUGAUGGUGGGCGGGCAGCUACUGAUGCCAGGAGUGGCCGCUCUCUGCCGCCAUUGGCCCCACCGGGAUGACUGGCAGGUCCUGCAGAUCGUCAUAAUCAGCCCUUUCGUUCUGAUGCUGCCCUACGUCUGGCUUUUCCCUGAGUCGUUGCGCUGGUUGCUGGCCACCCAGCACUACAGACGGGCCAAAGUCAUGAUGCUGCGCAUCGCCAGGAAGAACCAGGUUAACAUGACCACCGAGCCCAGUGGAGUUCUCACAGAGCUGGAGCAGGAGCUGCACAAGAAACCCCAGAGGACCUGCAUCGUGAAGAUGAUGAGCACGAGGAACCUGUGGAAAAACAUCGUGGUGCUGUGUGUCAACUCACUGACAGGUUACGGGAUCCACCACUGCUUCGCCCGCAGUAUGAUGGACCCAGAGGCCCAGCCCACCGCUCUGUGCCACGCAGAUUAUUACACCAUGGCUGGCAUCGCCGUGGCAACCUGCCUGGCGGUUUGCCCCGCGGUGGGGCUGAUGGGUCGGCGUGGAGGACUGCUCACCUUCAUGAUCAUCACAGCACUGGCAUCGCUACUACAGCUGGGAUUACUCAACUUAAUUGGGAAGUACAGCCUUCGCCAUGACACAGUUCUGCGAGACUCGCUGAACAGGAAAUUCUCGGUGGCCUUCUCCAUCAUCGGCAUGUUCUCCUCUCACGCGGUCAGCACGCUCAGCAUAUUCUUUUGUGCUGAAAUCACUCCGACUGUCAUCAGGGGUGGAGGUCUGGGUCUGGUCCUGGCGAGCGCCGGCUUCGGCAUGCUCACCGCCCCCAUCAUGGAGCUCCACAACCAGAAGGGCUACUUCCUGCAUCAUGUGAUCUUCGCCUGCUGCACCCUGCUGUGCAUCAUCUGCCUGCUGCUGCUGCCUGAGCCGCGGGGCCAGCCGCUGCCGGAGAGCCUGGCCGACGGGGAGACCUUCACCCGCCAGACGCUGCUGCACCCGGGGGAGCAGCACCUCCUCCUCGCCAAGACGGACGGGGACUACUCCCGAGUCCACGACACGCCGCUACACCUUACGACCACUGGGGGCGCUACAGUGGCGGCGGCAACCGCUCUGGCAGCGGUGCCCGCCUCGUACGCCCUGGCCACCGGUGGGGAGGUGAUUGGAAAUCGUGCCAUAGCCAAUGGGGUGUGAGCAUCACAGCAAUAGUCUACUACUGUGCUAAUUAUUGCUCGAACAUUAACCUGAUCUGAAUCGACUUGUGAAAAAAUCUUUUUAAGGAAAGAAAAAACAGAAUCUUUCGGAUGAUCCAGAUGAACUCUUUAAUGGUGAGGUUUAAGAUGGUGACGAUUAUAAAAUUUGUGUAGUUUGUAGUGACUAUGAUUCAUUCAGGAGUUGCCAAAAAUAUUGUACUGGACUAAGUUUAUCUGAAGUCAGUGUGUGUUUAAAUAAGAUGGAAGUCUUCAGUGGUGUUGGUGAUUUUCUGUCGAGAAUGAUUGACGGAUAAAGACGCAGGCAAAGUAGAGCUUUGAAUAAUGUGAGUUUUGUUUGUGGUUUUGACUCGUUGAGAGAGGAUUUCACUGCAUCUUAUAAUUCUUCAUUAUAAGUUCUUUUGCACUAAAUGUCAGAGACACAAUCAAGUGUUUGUGAUUUUCAGCCAACAUGAUGGAGAACCAGGGAUUGGCUAAACCACUACCACUCUUUUUGCAUGAAAGGGCACAAAAAGUUUUACAUGUUUUCUCUUCUCGUUUGUGGUCCCUCUACUAGAAGUCCAAUGUGGCACUUUAUCCUCAGAGAUGAGGUCAGUGUAGACACUUUUUAAAGCGUUACUGCUGUUGUUGUGGGUGUAUGAUGGUUGUCUGAUGCGACGCACAGCCGGAGACCUUGGCAGACUUUAUGUGUAGCCUGUAGAGACUGUUGGUGUAAUGCUGAACUAUUCUGAGAGUUGAACGGACAUGAGAGUGACUUCUGUAUGUCUUAUGACGCAUCUCAGCAUUGAAAUGGCUUUAUCGCGAUGGCUCUGUUUCUUUUUAAACGAAACAGAGAGCGUUAUUCAAGAAAAAACAGUAUUUAUUUUGUCAUGCUGCCAAGGGGCAAUUUUUGUUGCUUGAAAUACCUCCUUUAUUAGCAAAUAUCUCCACUCCGACUCUCACUCCUCGUUCUCUGUACUGUGGUAAUGUUGUAAUCCUGCUCCUAGGAUGUGUAACUCUAGCCAGAAAGCACAAUAUUUUACAGUUUUUUUUAAAUAAACGUUUGUGAAGAUUUAGAAUAGAGCAGCGUAGCCUGCGCAGACCUGGCCUAGUUGUGAUUAGUGUACAUUUACACACUUUACUGCGUAAGUAUCCCUUAGGACUGCAUAAAAAUGUAAGGUAUGUAUACAUGUACCAUUCAUUCAUAAUGUAUGGAACAUCAACUUUUUAUAGGAUAUAAGCACAUUGAAUAGAUAAAACCAUCCCAUUUACCAUUUUUCAUCCAAAUAUACCUGAAUCCUUCAUUUUUUAAGUCAUAUUUAGUACACAGCACGUAUUUGGAACACCCUGUAUGGUUUACUAGUUUGUAUGUUUUCAACACUUAAACACUCGGAAGGAAAAAAAAAAAGAACUCAACCACUAAUGCUGUUUUCUAAGUGUUAUUUUUUUAAUAUGAUGCAUUUGUACAAAAAGCCAUAGGCCUACAUGUUUUGAUAAUAAACCACUUAAUUUAUUAUGUCAAUAAAAGAACACUUGAUGUG